AGCAUCAGCAUACACUGCAGCCAGACCUAAAAUGUGCGCCUAUAUAUGCGCUAGCCACAAAGUCAACUUCAUUUAUGUGUUCAAGCCAUGUCUUGCUCUCGAUUAACCCGGCAGAAAUUUCUGUCGGUGUUUCUGUUACUCCAACUCAUAUCAGUUGUGGCCUGCGCAAUUGACAACGAAGAACCAAUUCCAGAACUAAGAUCAAAGAAGCCAUGCCCCGAAACUUGUCCUUGCACAUAUGAGCCAGUCUGUGUUGUAGAUGGCUACACAAGGGUGACUAUUAUAAAUGAAUGCGUCAUGAACAUGGUAAACUGCCGCAACCACAAAAGUUACUACGUCUACCUAAAUGACGAAUGUCCUCAACCAGAAAAGGGAUUCGUAGGAAUUGGAUAAUUUAAAGGCUCCAAUCAUGUUACUUUAUCAAUAAAUUUUGUGCAAAUUAGCAUCUA